UACGGAAGCGUAGUAUUGCGACACUCGUGCGAGUCGAAUUAACUCUUACCAGGCGUGAAUUUUCGCCACAUUUACAACAUGUCUGUCAGGACUCUUCGGUUGGAUUCCAUCGGGGGCGUGCUGCAUGUGGGCGGGUCUUCGCGCUCCUUUUAGUCCGCUCAGCUCAACUGGGAUGCGAAGCGCUCAGUGACCGAGUUCGUGCGGAGCUACCAUGAACGAAGGGGUGAGAACGCGUGUUACGUUCACUUAAAGGUUCAUAGCGCAGUUGAAGAAGAAGAAGAAGAAGCAGGAGGAGAAGAAGCAGAAGAAGAAAAAGAAGAAGAAGAAGAAGAAGAGGCAGUCGUGUCACCCAGCAAUGAUUCUUGUUCCAGGUUUGAGGACCAUGGAGACCUCCCAAGGCAUCGGUCAUGCUCUCCGGAUUCCGUAGUAAGCUCCUCCUAAGCAGAAUUGCUGUCUCCUGAUGCUAUGUUGAACGAGGGGACACACAAAGUCAUCCCCUGCUGACCACUGACUCAACACCAGGAAACGCACAUGGCUGACACAACAAGGUGAGGGUGUGGCUGGGAGUGUGAAUCGUCAAGACCCCACAAUUAAACCACAUGGAGGUCAAAGGCCAUCUGAUUACAUCCAUGGGUUUGGUGGGAGCUCCAGAUGUUCAAGUGUGCCACGACGGCAAGCUGCAGGCUGAGCGGGUUGCAGCUUUGCAAGAGAGGAAGCAGGCUUUGGAGGCUCUGCUUAACUCCCGCGUCGAGGAGCUCAAACUUGUUUGUUUUCAAGAAGGAGAGCUGACUGGGAAGUUGCCACAAGCUUUUCCCCUGGAGACGGGGGAGAAACCCCCAGCUGUUCAGCGCAGAGCUGGCAUGCCUCCCAACUGCAGGGUAGAAGAUGAAGCUGCCCAAAGAAAGCAGAUGAAAGCUAUCUUUACUGGUGCCCUGUACAGACAUACAGAGUCAGACAGAAACUUCCCAAAUAGCAAGAGGACAGUUCAUCGGGGCUGUCACACAGAGGAUGGUGUUAUGUCAGAGAGUACAAGCUCCAUGUCAGAUUCAACAUCACAUGACAAUGAGUCCUCUCCCAGUGUGGCUGCAGAUCAGCGCUCUCUGUCCCAGCCUCGGCUAACUGUAGGCAGCCCUGACCAUAGGUUCAGCAGGAAACUCUCUCCUGUAGAGAUUUACUACGAAAUGAGGACUCGUCGCAAUUCUCUUACAAGUUCUGUCAGUCCAACUCACUCUUUACCAAGAAGUGCAUCCAAUGUUGAAGGCAGAAGUGUUCCAGCUACACCACUUCUGGCCCGAACUGCACCAAUCAGUGUUCAUGUCAGGUCUGAUGUGUCAGGGAACAAUGGGUUGAAGCAGUGGUCUGGCAGUCUUGAUGUGCCCUAUAUGAUACCACUCGCCCAGGAGGGCUCCUCCUCGGACCGUAGAAGCUGCCUUUACAACUCCAGAGCCAGACGCAGUAACAGCUCAGAGGCCCUGCUGGAUCGAUCCAGCCUUUCAGACGAUCCACUCCCCAGAAACGUGAUGCACCCAAAAGGAGGGCCCUACAAGAGCUCGGAAACCUUGACAGAUGGGAAACUACGACACACUCACCUGAGCAGCCCUGAGAAACAUGUAGACGGAUCUGGGGAACAGGCCAAAAUGCGCCUUUCCAUGGGGGGCCGAGGGGCUGGGGUAAGCUACAAUGAGCUGUUGAUGGACUAUAUCUGGGGGAAGCAGCAAAGGAUGCAAGCGCAGCACAACCUCUUCCAGUCCACAGGCAGAAUCUGGCAGGACUUAGUCUCUCACUGCUCCCCUACUGGAGGAGUUGCCCCCCAUGCUAAUGGUUUCACCCAUUCCCAGGUGCAUCUUCCGAGCACUGCACCUCCUUAUAGCCCAAUGGUUGGCCGAAGGUCUCAAGCUGACAUGCGCAGGGUGAAGGUCACCAGAACCAAAUCUUGUGGACCCUUUAUUCCUUUGCAGCAACACCCCCAGGAUGCCAUCCUGCUUUCAGAGUCCGAGUCGCACCUUCCUGCCUCUGGUACCACCACGUCCUCCAUUCCCAACCUGCUCCCCUACCAGACCGAACUCUCUGGCCCUGCUUUCAGUCGAAGACCCCCGCAAUUCUCCCUUCCAACCCCAGAGGACUCAACACGAAGCCUCCACAAAGCCCUGGCUCUGGAGGGACUGAGAGACUGGUACCUUCGGAACGCCCUCGGAUAUCCCGCUAAGAGCCACGAAGCAGGGAUUUCACGGCUCUCACACCCCCACCCUCUGGCAUUCCAGGCCCAGUCUCUUCAAGGUGAAGCAGCCAACCUUCACAGGCCUCAAAUGCCCCAGUCAGCCAGCUUCCAUGGGCACCCACUGCAUGGCAGGUCGACGGAGCUGUCGCUCUAUCAGGAGAGUCCUCACCCCCACACACCAGAAGGGGCCACAAAGGAACCCAACGCAGACCCAGGGACCCUUGUCUGAAGCAGCGGGACCACACAGCGACUCACACUCCAAACGCAACAUACCAAGCAUUGACCCCAAGUAGACCACUUGAUACAAUGUGGCUUCAACAGGGAAACAAACAUGGCAACCUCAGCAGAAAAACAACUGUAACCAACGACAGUGUCGCUGUACAGUUUGAAAAGACUUGUCAAGUCCCAUGUCUUUGAACCUUGCGCUCCCUAAGGAGAUGAGUAUUGAUGAGUAAGAAUAUGGUCAAGCUGUACUACUUAAUAGCACCUCCAUAAUCCACAGAGAAGUCUCCCAAGAUAUACUUUUUUACAAGUUUAAAUCACUAUUUUUUAUCUUCUCAGAUAUAUAAAGUUAUAUUGAAAAGAUAAUAUAUUGCUCAUUAACCAUGUGUGUUAUACAAGUAUUAAUACUACAUGCCAGUGAAUGUGUGUUUAUGGACGAUAAAAAAAGACCUCAAUUGUUGUCAUUAAUUUUACAGCCAUUCUUAUUUGUCAUGUUGAUACACAAAACUGAAUUUACUGGAGUAGCAGAUGGGAGUGCCUCUAUGUUUCUAACAGAGCAAAAGUAAAUGUUGGUUGGAUGACUUUAAAGUGCUUUUUAAUGACCUGGUCUGCUCAUAUUAAGCCUCUAUGAAUUUCCUCGAAUCAAGUGAAGCAGUUCGCAAUGUCAGUAAAAUGAGGGCAAUUUGGAACGAUGUCAUAGAUUCUUGAUUCAUCUCGGGCCUGGCUGAUAAAUAGAACUUUGUUUCUCCAGGUUGAUGGGAUGCUUUGAUUUGUUUCAGAACAAACCUGAGGACUGUUGUGAGAUCUACUGUAUUGCAGUAGCACAUGAACUGUAUGACACGAGAUCGUGUUGUUUUUCUUUGGUCUGACUGUCAUACAGAGCACUUUAUGAACAUCUUAAGCCUUAAAUUCCCUAUGAUUUGUCACCACGAGAGAUGACAGGCUGUAGUGUUGACAGUCAUGAUCAGCCUGUCUGGGUCUGUAAAUAGUGUGGCUUGUGCUGAGCAGUUUCAAGAUGAUGUUUUAUUCCCGAACUAACAAUAAGAUUAUAAUUUUUUUUAUUAUUAUUAUUUUUAUUUUUUUUACACUAACCACAUGUAAUAAGUCCCCGCCUGCUUUUGAUUAGAUUUUUUUGUUAACAUAAAAAGUGUGGCUGAUGGCAUGAACAGAACCGGGCUGCUGUUGUUCUGAAUGACUGAGUGAGCAGGUCUCACACCAGAAAAUUUGUUCAUGAGUUUAAUCAUCUCUCAUUUUCAUUUCAACUCGUUAUGUCUGAAAAAAAACCAUUUGGUUCCAUUACAUAUAUUUCAUAUUUGUUAAUAAAAGUCUAACCAACAUUCUGCAACAUAAACCUCAGAAAAUGUGAGUGAGUAUCAGAUGAAAUUGUAAUUGAUUUGAUGUAGACAGAACUAAGCAAAUCUUUUGACGUAUUAGUUGCCAUGUAUGAUCUUUGGACUCAUUUGAAUGUAUUUUUUUUCUGUUUGAUACUGUAUGUUGAUAAUAUUUUCUACUCUGGUACAAACUGUAGCACCCUAUGAAUUUAAUGUUCUAAUGUAAACAGCUAUACAGUUUGCUGAAAAGACCAAAUGUCUGUGCACUGGGAAUUGAAAUGUAUUUUUCUUAGAGUUGAGAAAAAAAAAUGCUAUGAAUUUAGCUCUAAAGCAAAAUUUACCUAUAGUAUAUUCAUAAACUUGAACACUUUGUAGCAAUCUACUGUAGCUUGUUCUCAUCAGUCAGUGUGGGAAUUAUUGUGUUAGAACCAUUAUAUUCAGCAGUGUGAUAUUUGCGUCUCUUUUUAAAAAUAUAUUUAAGUACCGCUAUUCCGCCUCCCUUUAUUCCAGGUCUAUAAAAUCAGGCUCAUUAGGCCUUCCCUAUACUGUAUGUACAUGUAUGUAUGAAAUUGUGCAUUCAUUCUAUGAAAAUAAAGUUUCAUGUUGCAAUCA